AUGCGGAAAGUCGUCAGAUGCAACAGUCGUCACCUGGCUCAGGAAGACCACCUCAAGGACACUAAGACUCCGGAAGAAUUGCAUACCCUCAGACAUGGGGUCAGGAUCCGAUCGCAGAAGAGGAAGACACCUACGCAGGCAACGAAGGAAGAGCGCAGUAACAACGUGGAUUCCGAGCGCAUCAACGAUCUUCUGGACUCGGAGAACACUUGCCACGGAAGCUCCAAGCGCAUGUUACCAGGCGAAAACGAUGCUGGUGACACGAGUGGCGAUGUAUCGGACGGCGAGAAGCAAGACGGCAGCGACAAGGACGAGGGCUCUGAGCGACCUGAGAAGUCAAAGACGGUUGAUGAAUCCGCAGAGUCCGAGUGA